AUGAGGCUUUAUCCAUUCUGGACGGCCGUGGCUGUGUCACCACUUCAUGUACAUGUACUCACUGCAAGUAGAGGGACUGUGUCUGCCUUUACUGCUGGGCCCUCCUAUCGGUCGUCCACACGCCGAAUGUACUCGUCCUCGACCAAAAUUCCAACUGAGCAACAGACCCGCCAGGAUGACAAUGAAGAUGGUGAUGACGACUUGUUUUCUGCUACUGCUACUUCUUCUUCCUUGCCAUUUGCUUCGACAUAUCAUGCACCCGUCAUGUGGAAGGAAUGCAUCGAGGGACUCUUGGGAUGUCAAAGGGCUCGUCAACGACAACAACUACAAGAAGAAGACGACGAUUCAGAUACUUCAUGUAGUAGAGAACCUCUCUUUUUUGUGGAUGGGACACUGGGAGGAGGAGGUCAUUCCGAAGCACUCUUGCAACAACUGAAACCAGGAGAUGUCGUCUUUGGAUGCGAUGUAGACUUCAAUGCCUUGCAAACUGCCUCUCAACGGCUGGAAGCGUACAUGAACAAUCCACAAGAUUUGCCACUCUUUGUCCCCGUGCAAUGCAAUUUUGCGCAGUUGGCACAGAGAUUGCCACAAAUCACGACGACAACUGCCAAUGACGAUGACACUCCCCUAUUGCCGAGUCUGCACUCGAUCGAUGGAAUUUUACUAGACUUUGGAGUCAGUUCCCACCAAAUUGAUACUCCAGAACGAGGAUUUGCAUUCAUGGCCGAAGGACCACUCGAUAUGCGCAUGAGUACUAGUAGUAGUAGUAGUGACAACACACAACAAUCGCAAUCCUCACUCACGGCCGCCGAUUUGGUCAAUGAAUUGCAAGAAUCCGAUUUGACGCGCAUCUUGAAACAGUUUGGGGAUGAACCACGCGCCAGGGCCAUUGCCAAAUCCAUACUAAACAAUCGACCACUCGUCACUACCACCGAUUUGCAACAAGCCGUGGCGGAUGUGGUGCCCGCCUUUGACAAACGAUCCAAACGCAAGGGACGUACUGCGACAUGUGCACGAGUCUUUCAAGCCUUGCGCAUUGUCGUCAAUCAAGAAGAUUUAGUUUUGCAACGCGUCCUGGAAGAGGCGUGUCCGCAAUUGUUGCGACCGGGAGGACGACUCGUUGUACUCAGUUACCACAGUAUGGAAGAUCGAGCCACCAAACGAAUCAUGAGGGAUGGAACCAUUGCCAAGGUGCGGGCCAGUAGUAGUCUCCUGCACAAAGACAUGUACGGGAAUUGGAAUGGACCGCCCAAACCAUUUCGACCCGUCGGAAAGUUUCAAAAAGCAUCCGAGCAGGAAGUGGCACUCAAUUCCAGAGCACGGAGUGCCACCUUGCGCAUUGCGGAACGGUUAGAAGUUGUGGUGGAUAGUGAUGAAGAGGAGGAGGAUACAUACGGUAGGCCGUGA